AUUUAGUUUGGUGCUAGUUUAGGCUUUUAUCUUGAAUUUCUAAGAUUUCCCAAAAUUGAUUUUUUUUUUAAUUAAAAAAGCAUUAGUCAUAUUGCAGUGUUUUCUUCUCUUUCUUUAUUUUCUAUCAAAAAACAAAGCGGAUGUUGUGUUUGAAAGAAAAAAAAAACAAAGCGGAUGUUCAGCAUCGUUUUCGAACAAACCGAGCAGAGAGGAGAUCGCCUGGGGAAUCAGAAUGAAAGAAGACAUACAGAAAAUGGUUGCCGUAGGGCUCGUGUGGGGAGCCACCAACGCCCUCAUUCGCCGCGGCGCACUCGCCUGGGAUAAUAAAAUAUCUUCGUCUCCUCCUCCUCUUCAGAUCCCAUCCAACUUCCGCCGCAGAAUCCUCGCCGCUCUCCGCGACUGGAUCAACCUCCUCCUCUUCUGGCAAUACUCCGUCCCUUUCCUCGUAAACCUCUCCGCCUCCGCCACGUUCUUCGCCCUCCUCGGUGACUCCCCGAUCUCCAUCGCCGUCCCCGUCACCAACGCGACGACCUUCGCCGCAACCGCCGCGUUCGGGGUUCUUCUGGGGGAAGAAACUCAGAUCGGACUUGCUUUGUUAGGUACGAGCUUCAUUGUAUUUGGAAUCUGGCUUUGUGUUGGUCACUGAUCAGAUCACUACUGAUCUCGUCUCUAUGUGAUUCGAAUAAUGUAGAAGCAUCACUCUGUUUCUUGCUGAGAUUAUAGAAUUGAUUCAUUCCUGUUCUAGCAAAGUAGAUAGCGAGAGUGCUUAUUAGAACUGAUAAGUGAUGAGACUGAUAAGUGAUUAGGUGAUGAGUAGCUGAUGGAACUGAUAAGUGAUGAAUAGUGUAUGUUGUAAUGGUAAUAUUAUGCAUCAAAUGAUUGAUGAUCACUUGUAGAACAGAGAAUGAGAUGGUUUUGGUUUGUUUAUAUGAUGAAUUGUUCUCACCA